GCUUCUCCACAGAUGGGAGUGUCCUGCUCGCCCUCCAUCCCUGUCCCACACACAAUCCCUGCAGACCCAGCCCUGCUCUGUCACACAUUUCAGUGAUGUCACAGCUCCCCUGACUGAGGGCUCCCACACCUCCAUCUGAUGCCCAGCCUGAGUGCUGGCUGGACUGAGAGGGGCAGAGUGCGCACAGUGCCAGGCCCAGUUUUGCUCCUUCAGUCUUUGAGGACUCAUACCCCCAGCAUGUGUCCAUCAGCGAAGAAGAAGUCCAAGAACAGAGUGGUUUCUAAGACGGGAGAUGAGAACCUGCAGGACAAGACAAAGCAGUCUGUCUACAAAGCAAUUGAGCGGAAUCGACUUAAAAUGGUGUUAAGAAAUUUGUCAAUCUUGAAGCUGCUCAAGAUCUCAAACAUCCGGAUCCAAGAACUGCAUAAUCUGGCCAGAAGGUGUUGGAAUUUAAUGCUCCGAGUUCCAACGAUGCUCCAUGUCUCCUCCGGGGAAGACAAUGUUUCCAAUACAGUACAACCAAAUAAUGAGCUCCAAGAAGCUAAGUGCCUUGAGAAGAACCUGGAACUCAAGAAAAGAAAAUCCACAGGGAAACCUAAGGAAGCAAGGCCGAGUGAGUGGGAGUAUGAGGAGCCAGGGGUAAGUAACACGGCUCCAUGUUCACGUGUUGCAGUACCGAGGACAGAAGAGCAGAGGGAGCCUGACAUCCCAAGGACAUCAAGGGGUCAUGGCCUGAACAGGGUCGCCCAAAGGCGGCAACUAGGGGGCCCCCAAGUCAUCAUUCUGAAGACCUAUAACUACAGAACUCGCAGGAAGGACGAGAAGCAGCUGGAUGUAAAUGGCCAGUAUACCUGGUUUGAGGGGCUGCCUACACGAAUCCACCUCCCAGGGCCGAAGGUCAUGUGCAGAUCCUCCAAGCUACGCUGGGUUAAGCGCUGCUGUACCCGCUUCUGCUCCGCAACACUUGAAAUGCCUAGGUGGUGUGACCCCAGUGGAGCCGGCCAAAUGAGAAGAUGGAGAUCACACCCUGAGCAGAACUCAAGAGAUAGCCGGGAAAAUUUGAGAAUCUACAAAUAAAACUUCCCAUAAGGCACUGAAAAA